CUUACUAUAUGUGAUAGCUUUGUUGGGCUAGAAUGGAUUUAUAAAAAGAAAUGUAUGCCUAAGUUAGUUACAUACAUUUGGGAUCAGUCAUAAGAUACUGACGCUGCACUUGUGAGAUAUGAAAUAAUUGCUAACGUCUAAAUUUAGAGCUGCACCCAUGAACGUAUUCGAUAUAUGUUGAACGUAUUUGCAUUGCCAGCCCCCAGCCGACAAGUCACCAUUUAAAAAAAAGGAACCCCGAAAACACUACUUUCAUCUCGAAUCAUCAUGACACCACCUGUUACAAUAAUCUACAUCAUAUUCCAACGAAUACGUUUCGCUCAGAAGGGAGUAUAUGCAGAUCAAUGUUUUGAAUUUUGACAUAGAUUGAUUUAUGGACAAUGAUAUUGUAGUGCCAAGCUUUUCAAAUGUUUCAAAUGAACAGGUACACGCGUACGUUUAUAGGACAGAUGUAAACAAACAGGUGAAGUUGGUUACAUUAAAUUUUUCUCAUGCAGAUAAAAAGAAAUGGAUGACAAAUCAGAUUAAUCUACAAGAAUUAACGUCAUGAGAUAAUGGUUGACUGAGGAGAAACACUAAUAUGGCUGAAGAUAGGGAAAUAAUGCGAGAGAUCUGGGACGGAAGAAUACCUGUUUGUUUCUCUAUAUCUCUGGAGGAUGUGGAAUCAGAGGAGCCUGAAUCUGUCUAUCUGAUGAUGCCUCGUCUAAGUUACUUCCCUUUGGUGACCGAUAAAAUCCAAAAACAUUUUGUUAAAUAUGUUUCUUCUGAAAAACAGGGUGAAAUGUGGCUUGAAUAUGAAGGUCAGCCAUUAAAAUGGCAUUAUCCUAUUGGUCUCCUGUUUGACCUGUUUGCCUGUAAUGACACUCUUCCUUGGUGUGUUACAGUACAUUUCCAGUGUUUUCCUGAAGAGGACUUGCUACAUUGUAGCAGUAAGGAAGUGGUUGAGUCCCACUUCAUUUCUACAGUAAAGGAAGCAGAUACACUCAAACAUCGUGGCCAGGUUAUUAACAGCAUGCAGAAGCGUGACCACAAGCAACUCUGGUCUGGUCUCCUACAUGAAAAAUUUGAUCAAUUUUGGUCAGUUAAUAAGAAAUUAAUGGAGUCCUCAGGAGAAGAUAUGUUUAAAAAUAUUCCUUAUAGACUGUAUUUGCCAGAGAGGUCCUAUAUACAGCAGUUAUUUCGACCUGUGAAUACAGAAGGGAACAAUCAGACUCUCCGUGACCUCCUCAUGGAAGUUGUGCCUAACAUGUGGAGUGAAGAUAAGACAUUUUCUAGAAGAGUUGUGCUACAUGGAGUGGAGCCUUGCCUUGAUACACCUCUGCUUUGGAUGUCUGAACAUCUUAGUUAUCCUGACAAUUACCUCCACUUAUGUUUACUGGACAGACCUAAAGUGGAAAAGGGAUGACAGUGUCAUAGCUCAUUAGUCCAUAAUUACCCUAAUUAAUCGAACCAUGCAUUACAAAGAGGAUAUGAUGUGAUCAGUAAAGUCAACCAAAGUUCUGUGUAUAUAUCCGUGUUGAGGACAUUGUUAAAUGCAUCAUGCGUUUCAAUUCAUCCUCAAGUAUGACAGAAAUAGGUAAAGGUCAGUGCAUAUUCUUUGAUAAAUGCUGUUUGUGAAAAAAGAAAUUGUUAUGUGACUCAGCUCUCUGUCAAGAGUUGUUUUCAUAUUCCCUAAAAUACAAGAAACAGUACCAGAAGUGUUAGAUUCUGCUUGAGGAGCUCCAAGAUCACAUGUUCAGAAUCACCGUCACUUUAGCAGAGAGAAUGCACUAAAGUUAAUAGGUAUCAUUAAAUCCAAUUUUUCCUUUAAAGACUUUGAAAGCAUAAGCUAUGGAUAUUUCAUUAAAACUGUGAGACAUAAAGUAUGAAAACUUAAAAUGUAAGUUUUGAAAUUGUUUUUAGUAAAUAUUAAAUUAAGGUCUUAUAUUUAGCACAAAAAACAAAGCAUCCUUAUUAUGAAUAUUUAAUGAAAGAAAAGAUAACAUAGCAAAUACUAUAAAAACGAAUUCAUGAUGCAAUUACUGACUUCCUAUUCAAUGUCUAAAGCAAAGCAUGAUCACUUGCUUUUUCCAAAUCAGAGAACUUUAAUACUGUAUUUUAAGCUUUGUGGUACUGUAGUAAACAUAUGCCCUUUUUAAUUAUCUGUUUCGGCAAUGCUUUAAGAAUUUCUUGACAGGUAAUCAAGUUUUCAUAUCAGGUAGAUUGUUUUAAAUUUUGAUAAUUUAUCAAAGUAUAAAAAUACCUUUAAACUCAAAUUGAUGUAUCUACCAUGAAGUGUGGAGAUAUUUAUAAGUUAUAUUGUGUAAUAGUUUCUGUUGUAGAGUUCUGUCAUGAAUUAUUGAAAAUUGAAAACAGAUCAAGAUCCAAGACAAAAUGAAAAAGUUGGAAAAAUUAAUUAUUUUCCCUUUUCUCUCACUCUUACAAAUUUUAAGACUGAGCUUGUAAUAGUAAUGAAAUUCAUAAUUAUAAUAAUCUUAAUAAAAAAUAGGGACAUCAUUUAAAAUGGUAUGUAGACAGCUAUAAUGGGUAGGUUGUAUCAUAAAUUUUAAUCAUUUUGCUAAUAGCCUAGUCUUAUUUGAUCCAUAUUCAUAAUUAUGUUUUACAUACAAAAAAAUUAAUGUAUAAUAUUUCAAAAUCUGAAAAAAAAGAAAGAAAACCAUGGGCUUAAGAAGGACCCUUACCGUUGUGUUUAUUUCUGUUGAGUAACUUUCUUCAGUAUACGCAUUAAGAUAACAAUUAUCCAGUAUUAUUUUUUAUUUUACACCUACAAGUACAGAGUAUUUACAUGUACAAUGACAUCAUAAACUACUUGUUUAAGUAUCAUUAGCUCUAUGUCAGUAAUGACUGAGUUGUCAGAUGCCAAAAUUUAAUAUGCUACAUCUUGAUAAUUAAAACAGAUAUUUGUGUUUAAACCCAAUAGUCAAUUAUCAUUAAUUGUUUAUUUUAAGAUUAUGUUUUACAACUGCCCAUGAAAUGUUAAGGUUUAAAAAUCGAAGUAUUCUUAAAACAUCUUUAUAUAUUAUAUACAGGGGAAACAUUUCACUAAAGUUUUUCCACACAUGCGAACACCUUUAUUCCAGUGUUAAAUUCAUCUCAAUAUACCCAGGGUACUUUUCCUAUCAACAGUUGUCUUUUGUGAUCCUUCAUUUCAAUAGAAAUAUCAAACUUUAGCCCAACAUUCAUACUCACCCACUUAGCAAGAGUGCAUUACAGGGUUAGAAUGCAGUGAAACUCCCCUGUGUACAGUAUAUAUAGUAUUCGUUUCAGUUGUGAUUUAAGUAUAACUUGAAUUACAAAUUUGUUGUUGAAUUUUAUGUGAACUACGGUUUUGUAAGGGUGGACAUGUGAAAAUGAUUAUUUUUAAAUGUCAGUACAUUGUUUGUAUUGUGUAGCUGUCGUUUGUAAGGUAUAACAAUUGCAUGAACAGAUUGGUCAACAUAAACCAUAUCUUAAAUUUGUUUUAAAUCCACUAAGCGGAAAAUAUCUCCCUUAGCACAGGUAAUUUUCAUUUAAAAACAAAUAGAAAGGUAAUUGUAGCCAGUACCUGGGUGUCUUUCAUUUCAUUAUAGCUAUUUCCAUUCAGUGACUGAUUCGUUUUUCACUCUCUUAACUUGUUAUAAAGAAAAUCAAACCCGAGUAAUAUAAUGUUGAAAUCCAGUAUAUUUCCAGUAAGGAAAAGUUAGAUAUAGUAAUAGGUUUUAAUGUCAUGAAAUGUGAUGAAGUGAUUAGUAUAACGUCUCGCCACGUGGUGAAGUGAUUGGUAUGACGUCUCGCCACGUGAUUAAGUGAUUAGUAUAACGUCGUGAAACGUGAUGAAAUGAUUGGUAUAACGUCGUGAAACGUGAUGAAAUGAUUGAUAUAACGUCAUGAAACGUGAUGAAAUGAUUGGUAUAACGUCGUGAAACGUGAUGAAAUGAUUGGUAUAACGUCGUGAAACGUGAUGAAAUGAUUGGUAUAACGUCGUGAAACGUGAUGAAAUGAUUGGUAUAACGUCGUGAAAUGUGAUGAAAUGAUUGGUAUAACGUCGUGAAACGUGAUGAAAUGAUUGGUAUAACGUCGUGAAACGUGAUGAAAUAGUUGCUAAUACGUCUCGCAAUGUGAUGGACGUUAUUGGUAAAGCGUCUCGACACGUGAUAAAAUGGUUAUCAAUUGUCCCGAAACGUGAUGAAGUGAUUGGUAAAACGUCGUGAAAUGUGAUAAAAUGUUUGGUAUAACGUCUCGACACGUGAUGAAGUUAUUGGUAUGACGUCUCGUCACGUGGUGAAGUUAUUGGUAUGACGUCUCGACACGUGAUGAAGUUAUUGGUAUGACGUCUCGUCACGUGAUGAAGUUAUUGGUAUAGCGUCUUGAGACCUAAUAAAGUGAUUGGUAUAACGUCUUGAGAUAUGGAAUGACUGCAGUUGUUUAGAAGUAUGUGGAAGCUUGUUAGAUUUGUUAAUGUUCCUUGAAAUGGGCAUUUGUAGUUCGAUUUCAGGUAUGAUUAGAAGAUUGUGCCGAAUCUUAAUCGAGCCUUCCAAACAUCUGAAAAUGUGCUAAUACACACAUAGGCUGUAGCAAAUUCGCAGGCCAUUUAGGUAUAUUUCAAGUGGGUAAUAAGAAGUAGGAUGUAUGUUGUAUUGGACCAGGUACACUAUUAAAAUGUGUCUCUGCUAUUAUAUAAUCCUUGCAUGUUCCGAGAACCUGUGUAUACUAUGUUAUAGAGACAUGUUGUUGUGGUUCUAUAGCUAUCUAGUUUGUAAACAGAACAAUGAGUCACUUACUUAAAUAAAAAUUGGCACCAAUCAGGCACCAGUCAUUAAAUUGUAAUUAAUACAACUGAAUGCUUCAUGGAAAAGUGCAAGGUUUCUUUCCCUUUUCCUCAUACCCUUACUAACAGUUCAAAAUUCUGGUCAGUUUGGAAAUCAUUGGACAUCUACAGUGGUGACCAAUGAGUAUACACUAUUGUAUUAUAAAAUUAUGGAAAGAAAGUUGUUUUGGUCAUAGAACAAUACAAUAUGAUAGUAUCAUGUGGUAGAGAAGUGUAAAAUAUAAACCAGGGUUUUUGUGUAUGUUUAUCUAAUGUAUAUCUAUAUUAUUGUCGAUUUUAGUAGUUAAAGGCUGCAAUAUGUUUGAACUGUUUUUGAGUGGAUGAAUGAAGAAAUACUAUUACAAUAAGUCUAUAAAUUUGACGUGUACAAG